GUCUUUUAGACAGGUCAGGUGCGGAUUGCAGAAGGAAGCAGAAAUUGUAGUUCUUUGCAGAUCUCUGAAAGCAUCUGGAAGGAUAAUUUUUCCAGAUCUGUGUGUGCUGGGACCCAAUGUCAUUGUGGAGAGAGAGACUAACAGAAUGAGCAUCCAGUGAGCCAGUGAGACCAGAUCGAAAGAUAGACUCACUUCUUUGACAUCACCCACAAUCAGUUUUAUUUCAAUAGGUCCUUGUGGUUUGAGACACCCCAUUAGACAUCAUGACAUCCUCUAUGCUACGCCGACAAUUGAAGAACCUAGUUCAGAACUUCUCUGAGGCUGAGGUCAAGGUGAGGGAGGCCACCUCCAACGACCCAUGGGGCCCCUCCAGCUCGCAGAUGGCCGACAUCUCGGACCUCACUUACAAUGUGGUGGCCUGCAAUGAGAUCAUGACCAUGCUGUGGAAACGGCUCAAAGACGACAAGAACUGGAGGCACAUCUACAAGUCAUUGACUCUGCUGGAGAACCUAUUAAAGACAGGCUCAGACCGCGUUCUGAAUACAAUGAAGGACAACAUCUACAUUGUGAAAGCGCUAACAGAGUUCCGUUUCCAGGACAAGGAUGGGAAAGAUCAGGGGGUGAACGUGAGGGAGAAGGCCAAGGUAGUACUGGUUCUUAUGGAGGACGACGAUAAACUAAAGGAAGAGCGAGAGUUUGCACUCAAGACCAGAGACAAGAUCUCAAAGAACGCCACUGCCUCCUCAGACAGCCCCAACGACCCCAAGGACCCCAACUACAAGCCAGUGUAUGUCCCAGGAGCCACCGGGCUCCCCUCCCUGGCCAACAUCCCGUCUGUGGCUGACCUUGCAGCCAGCUUUGAGGCCAAGAAGCAAGAAAAACUGAGACUAGAGGCCCAGAAAAAAGAGGAGGAACGAAGGUCAAAGAUGACCAAGGAAGAGCUUGAAUGGGAGGAUGCCGCCAAAGCAGGAAAGCCUAAGGUUGUUGACGCAUUUGGCGGGGCAGAUGAACCAUCAGAGGAGGAUGCAUGGGGUGCAGCAGCCAAAGCACCCGCUCCUGAUCCUUGGGGGGGUGCAUCUAAAGCUCCAUCCGAGGAUGCAUGGGGUGGAUCAUCCAAAGCUCCAUCCGAGGAUGCAUGGGGCGGAUCAUCCAAAGCUCCAUCCGAGGAUGCAUGGGGCGGAUCAUCCAAAGCUCCAUCCGAGGAUGCAUGGGGUGCACCAUCUAAUGCUACAACAGAAGAAGCAGAUCCUUUUGCGGCGCCAGCCAGAGCCCCAACAGAUGGUUCAGAUCCUUUUGCGGCUCCAAAAGAUGGUUCCGAUCCAUUUUCGGCACCAUCCAAUGUACCAUCUAAAGUUGAAGCUGAUCCGUUUGGGGCACCAAAAGAUUAUCCUUUUUCAGCACCAUCCAAUACGCUAAAAGGUGGUUCUGAUCUGUUUGGGCCACCAAAAGAUGAUCCAUUUUCAUCACCAUCCAAUAAACCAAAAGGUGGUUCUGAUCUGUUUAGGGCACCAAAAGAUGAUCCAUUUUCAGCACCAUCCAAUACACCAAAAGAUGGAGCCGAUCCGUUUGGGUCACCAAAAGAGGAUCCAUUUUCGGCACCAUCCAAUAUGCCAAAAGAUUGUUCAGAUCUCUUUGGGGCACCAAAAGACGAUUCCGGUCCUUUUGGUGCCCCAUUGAAUGUCCCAACGAAGGGUGAUGAUCCUUUUAGGGCACCAGCCGGCCCACCAACCGAGGCUUCAGACGCGUGGGGUGCUCCAUCCAAACCAGUGUCCGAAAAGAAGGCUGAUCCCUGGGGAGAUGAGGGGACCACAGCUGCCUCUCCCCCCACAGAUCCAUUUGACGAUGGCUCGAAGGCUGAUGAUGACGCAUGGGGACCAACAGCAUCGACCCCGCCCACCGCCAGUGACCCUUGGGGUGCACCCGCAGCUCCCACAGACACAGCAUCCACAGACGACCCUUGGGGAGAUGGAGGGGCUUCCACCACUACAGACGCUAUGAACUCUGACCCAUGGGGAGCUCCAUGUAAUGGCACAGUCGGCAAUUGAAGUGCCCUGGGACAAUGGAGCCACAGUGGACGAAGACAACAAAUCGCCAGCUUCAUUCCUUGGUGCCGGAGAUUCGCUCGUGGACGUGGACUCACUCCUCUCCCCCAAACCCAAACAACCCCCCCUCGCCAAGUAAUAAAGUAAGGACGGG